AUGAAAGUGAAAGGGUUUAAUAUUCAAUUAAAUGGUUAUGAUUUACGAAUUACUUUGCACAAUAAAGAGGGCAUCGUCCGUGCAGCACUGACGUCGGCGCCGGCUAUUUGCGUCGUAUUUGACUUUCCUUAUUCCGAUCUCGACUUGAGCUUGUGCUGUGUUUAUGUUGGGAGCGCGGCGCCCGUUCCGUCCGGCGUGUUGCAGGGACGUCGCCCUCGAGGACUUCUUUUAGAGAUGAAGCGGCGGGCGGUACGCGAGGGAGCGCAGGCGAGG